UCUUCUCUUCUCUUCUCUUCUCUUCUCUUCUCUUCUCUUCUGUCCAUCAGGGCUGUGGCGGAGGAGGUUCUUCCUCCUACCAUCCAGAAGCUGAUGAAGGGAUACAACAAAUAUCUGCGGCCCUUCUUUGGCAAUGGCCCAGUCACUGUCGGCAUGAGUUUGGACAUCGCCAGCAUCGACACCAUAUCCGAAAUCAACAUGGACUACACAGCCACCAUCUUCCUCCGUCAGCGCUGGACGGACGAGCGCCUGGUCUUCCAGGGCAACAAGAGCCUGAGUCUGGACGGCCGGCUGGUGGAGCUCCUGUGGGUGCCCGACACCUUCAUCGUGGACUCCAAGAAGUCCUUCCUGCACGACAUCACCGUGGAGAACCGGCUCAUACGCAUCUUCCCCAACGGAACCGUUCUCUACGCCCUGAGGAUCACCACUACAGUGGCCUGCAACAUGGACCUGACUAAGUACCCCAUGGACAGGCAGACCUGCACCCUACAGCUGGAGAGCUGGGGCUACAAUGUAAAGGAUGUGGUGUUCUACUGGACUCGGGGGAACGCGUCGGUGAGCGGGCUGGACACACUGCAGUUGGCCCAGUACACACUGGAGGACUACUACACCUCAGAGUCCGAGGCCGUCUAUGAGACAGGUAACUACCCCAAGCUGAUCUUCCACUUCCGUCUGAAGCGUAGCAUCCUGUACUUCAUCCUGGAGACCUAUGUGCCGUCCAGUGCUCUGGUGGUGCUCUCCUGGGUCUCCUUUUGGAUUAGCCAAUCGUCUGUUCCCGCUCGCAUCUGCAUUGGCGUAACCACGGUACUCACCAUGACAACGCUGAUGAUGGGAGCGCGCACCUCGCUGCCCAAUGCCAAUUGCUUCAUCAAGGCCAUCGACGUCUACCUGGGCAUCUGCUUCAGCUUCAUCUUCGGGGCCCUGAUCGAGUAUGCCGUCGCUCACUUCUGCACCCUUCACCAGCCCAACGCUGCCAAUGCAUACAUGUACGGCCAGGAGAUGCUGGACCGCGAGGACGAGAUGAACGGGAUCGUGACCUCCAUCGGCGGCGGGCCCCACGGACUGCGUGCCCGCAAGCAGCGCGAAGAGGUCCUGAGCCGCACCGGCAGCACCGCCAGCCCCACCCACAGCCUGGCCAAGGAGGAGCUCGCCGGGGCGGGCCAAGGCGGCGGCGGCGCCCAGGGCGGUGCGGGCGGCAAUUCGACCUCCGACCCACGGGGGUGCGCGCGGGGCUGCGCGCGGACCUUAACGCAGGCGGGGCGCCUGGUGCGCUUCUUUAACUGCUGCCACGUGGAGAACCCGCACUACAUUGACAACUACUCGCGCCUCACCUUCCCACUCUCGUUCGUCUUCAUCAACCUCCUCUACUGGACCUAUUACUUGUACUUCUGA